AUGUCGGGCGCAAGGCAUUGGGAGCAGGACAAGGAAGCCACCGUCUAUAUAGGCAAUAUAGAUGAGCGAGUAACGGACAGCUUAAUUUGGGAGCUUAUGCUUCAAGCCGGUCGCAUCGUGAACGUCCAUCUGCCAAAGGACCGAGUAACUCAAACACAUCAGGGCUAUGGAUUCGUGGAGUUCAUCAGCGAGGAGGACGCAGAGUACGCCGCCCGGAUCAUGAACCAGGUGCGGUUAUAUGGAAAGCCUAUCCGUGUCAACAAGGCAUCAGCAGACAAGCAGAAGACGGUCGAGGUCGGCGCCGAGCUCUUCAUCGGCAACCUGGACCCCCUGGUCGAUGAGAAGACGCUCUACGAUACCUUCUCACGCUUCGGCUCCCUGAUCCAGGCGCCCAAGAUUGCGCGCGAUGAGUCUGGCCUCUCGAAGGGCUAUGGCUUCGUCUCCUACUCCAACUUCGAGGCCUCCGACGACGCUAUCGCCAACAUGAACGGACAGUACCUCAUGAAUAAGGACAUCAGCGUACAGUACGCCUACAAAAAGGACGGCAAGGGCGAGCGCCACGGCGACCAAGCCGAGCGCAUGCUCGCCAGCCAGGCCAAGAAACACAACGUCAUCCCUGAGGUCCCGCAGAUGCCCGCGCAGCUGCUCCUCAACGGCAGCGUGCCCGCUGCCCCCGCCGCCAUGAUGGACCCCAACACGCCCCAGAUGGCCGGUCCGCCUGUGAACCUACCGCCAGGCUUCGGCGGCCGCCCGAACGUCGGGUAUAAUGCAGUGCCUCCCCCACACCCGGGCAUGAAUGCGCCGCUGCCUCCCCCGCCUUCGGGCUUACCGCAACGCCCUCCCCCGUCGCAGGCUGGCUAUGGCGGGCCUCAAGAUUUCCAUCCCCCGGGCUUCGCCCCACCGCCAGGAUACCCGCCGAACGUCCCGAUGCCUCCUGGCUUUGGUGGCGGCCCGCCUGGUGGGCAGUUGCCGCCUGGCUUCGGGGGCAUGCCGCCUGGUUUUCCUCAGGGCCAGCCGCCGGGGCCUCCAGGUUAUGCUCGGAGGUGA